AUGCAUACAUUCCGCAAAGACGUCUCCUCGUACUUCGAUCUCCCUUCACGAAAGCAUACCUCAUCCGAGUCUACGACGCCCGUCUCCCCCACCGCCACCGGUGCCAACGCACGUGGGACUCAGCCGUGGCCACCACUGCUACGCAAGCAUUCUUCUUCGCGAUCAGACCUUGAUGCCUGUCACGGAAAACUCUGUAACCUGGUCAUUCCAGAGCACUCCUAUAAUGAAAUCGACCGCCGCCAUUCGGCGUCUGAUUCCCCCCUCCCUGAGCCAGACGGGAUCCCUUCAAGAUCAGCUGUUGAUGCUUGUCACGGAAAGCUAUGCAAUGAGGUUAUUGCAGAGCAUGCCCCUGACUACUUCGACCUUCAUCCGGCGUCUGAUUCUCCACUCCCUGAGCGAGAUGGAUAUACCAUUGCUCCAAAGGACGCUAAGAGAAUUAGGGAUGUGAGGUCCACAGAAUCUCUACCUGCACCGUCGCCGAGAUCCCCAGCGUCAAUAUAUGGCAAGGCAUCUCUGGAAGCCAGUCGACCGGUUAUGAAAGACAGCCGUUCCAACACUCCUCGGCGAUCGCAAUGGGCAAGAUCGACAUCAGGAAGUAUCUGGUUUCAAACAAAGAAGUCUUCGACAGAUUUCGUCGGCGGACCGCCUUCAAAUAUUUCUGUUCGUACAGACUUGACUCCCUUGAAACCACCGACGGCCACGAGUCCUGGUGUGCGUGGAAUGUCAAGUUCGUCCAUUAGAGUCGAGACUACUUUCGCAGAACAACGACAAAAGUUGCGCAAUGCUGAUUCUCUGACGGAACCAACAGUCGAGAGUACUUUCACAGAAAACCGACGAAAAUCACGCGAUGCUGAUUCCCUGACGGGACCAACAGAACCAACGGUUGCGAGCCCUUCCCGCAGAAGUUCAAUCAAUCCAAAACACAUCCUUUCAGCUCCAUUGUUGUUCAUUCGGCGAGCAAGUCUUACAAAACCACGCAGCAAACUUAGGAGCAGCCCGGCAAAGAUACCCUCUCCCAAUGCCAGACCUCCACGAUUGGCAGAUCACUCUACAAUGCCGAAGAGAAAUUACACCUUCGAAGCACUUCAACGGGUCAGUGCCAUUUUGCAUGACACAACCAAGCAGGAGACCAAGUCAAGUGCUUCCGAUUCCUUGUUACCUCUUCCCCUCGUCAAGCCAUUGAUCAGGACGUUCUCAGAUAAGUCAACCACGUCGAAAGAGAGAAGAAGUCCGCAAAUAGAACAAGGGAUCGUGUCUCAAUAUACCAUAUAUCAGCGGCAGAAAAGCGUAGAGCGAUUCUCCGGCCCCCCGUCGUAUACAUCGAGUCAAGUCAAUUUGCGAAUGGGACUUCAACCUGCCAACACUCCCGAAGAAAAUGCCACAUACAAAAUCAAGAGAAGUGCUAGCGCCGAGACCGAGGAGUUUCUUAAAGUCGACAUCAGUAUCCGAGGCGGAACGAGCUAUCUGCCCAGCGAGGCACGCCGAAUCCACACUCCGCCUCUUCCAGAAGAAGGCGCGGAUGGAAAGUGGCGAGGCUUUUUCUUUGAUUACAAUGCUCCGAGAGCGGACAGUAGCAUUCAGGACCCGGAGCCUUUAUCAAGUGGAAGCUCAAGUGCAGCGAGCGCCGGAGAAUCGGAAAGCAAAUCACCCAACUUUUUCAAGAUGACGGGAAGAACGAAGACCAAUCGCUGUAAACGGGUCGUGACAGGAGACUGGUAUGAUGUCAAGCUGAAGCAAUUCGACGUUGGACAGGAUCCGUCGCAAGUGACUGACCCGAAAUGUGGUGAGAAAAGGCUCAACUCACCUGGCUUGUUCGGGAAGUCGCCAUCAGGCUGGGACAAAGCGCAGUUCGACUUGACAAUUCCUGAACAUCUGCCGAGCAGUCCUCUUUGUCCGAGACAUCCUAGGUACUGGCGUGUGGUGAAAGGAAAAGGUUCUCAAUUCCGUGGGUGUUGGAUGCAUGGGGUCGGUCUCGACGAGAGCAGGGUGUGA